AUGUGUGAAAGGGCACAAGACAGGAGGACCCGACCUCCGGCGGCACCACCUGGUUCAAUCUCGACGCAACGACGGAGACGUCAGGCGGGGACGUGUCGCGGUUUCACGCUGUUUCUGUUUCGCGCCGGAAGCAGUGAUGCAUUUCGGGCGGGAAGAAGGAGAGGAGAAAUGGCAAUCUCGUUGGAGCGCGUGUUGGAGUAUCCAGCUAAGAUUUGGUCGAAACAAGCACGCCGGUGGGAUAAGGAGAGGCACCGUUCUCGGCGCGACGGGGAGGUUCACGAUGUCAGGGACGGGGUGACAAAGACGGCGCGGCGGGGGAGCCUGGGCCGAGAGCGUGUUGCCGAUUAUGUAUGUGAUGCUGCGGAGCACAGCCGUGCUGCACCACUCGCCCUCUGGGUCGAACGGACGGAGCUGGAGGGACACAAAAAGCUCUCGCGGUGUGCUGUGGACGCUGGCUGGCCCGUGGCGAGGCUGGAGGGGGCGGAAGAGGCGGGAGGUGGGCUGGUUGGAGGGACGUCGGGGAAACUGGUUGGGGGCGGUAGCAUGUGGAGGGAGAUGGUCGCGGGGUGUGAAAUGGGAAAGGGAGCACAUGGACUGCUGUACAACGCUCAGCCCAUCCCCCAGCCUCUCCCCUUCAAGUCUUCCGCCUACGCCAACAAGCAUCGUACAGAUCACCAUAAUGACAGCGCUCUCCGCAUCUUCAACAAACGCUUUACGAACUCUUCUUCUCGCCAGCCUUCUAACAAGCCAACGUCUCCUCUAGCCCCCUCCGCUCCCACUCCCCCUACCCCCAAGUCCAAGCAUGUUCCCUUUUCUUCUCUCGUCAACCGCACCCCCACCCCUCCCGCACGUCCCCAGACACCCCCUCGCUCGACCUCUCCCAGCUCCGCCAUAGAAGACCUUCUCGCUCCCGGCGAUAUCGUCGGCGACGGCAUCCCCUUACAGGGCCAACUCGUCCGGACUGCCCGCAUACAGUCACCCACUCUCGAAGAUUUCUCCAUUUCUUCCGAGUUCGAGGUCGUACGACGCCUCGGCUCCGGCUCGUAUGCUGUCGUUUACCUCGUUCGCGAGGUCCUCUCCCGGCCGCCUGUUUCAGAGGAUGGCCAUCUUGGCCCUAUCGACCUCGACAUCCCACCUCAGCGCACUGUCUACGGUCGGGAGUUUGCUCUCAAGUGUCUCGGCAAGGCCAACCUGGACGACGAGGCGCUUGACGCACAGCUUAGCGAGGUCACCAUCCACCAAUCACUGCGGUCGCAUCCCAACAUUGUCACGCUGCACCGCACCUUCGAGACGUCGGCUUUCCUUUUGUUGCUUUUGGAGUUCGUACCUGGAGAAGAUCUGUUUUAUUUUCUUGAGCAGUCGCGCGAUCAUGAAGAUGAGGCUUUUGACGAUGGUACUGGAAUGGGCUCGCCAAGUCGGACGCCACCGACGCCAAGCCUUUUGGCGAGUUUGCACCCGUCGCAGUUGUUGGGGACAACUCGAUUGCGGCUGGUGGCGAGUAUGUUUGGGCAGAUGUGUGACGCCGUUCAGGCGUGCCACGAACAGGGUGUCUAUCACCGGGAUAUCAAGCCGGAGAACUUCAUCGUAACGGAUUCGCUAUCCGUCUCCGGUUCAAGUAAGGAGCGCAGGGUGAUUGUGAAGCUUUCCGACUUUGGCUUGGCAACGACGGACACGGAGAGCAGCGACAUGGACUGCGGGUCCGCGCCGUACAUGAGCUUCGAGUGCAGGAACAACGUCGCACCGACAUAUAGAACCGCGGAGGCAGACGUCUGGAGUCUUGGAAUCGUCCUGAUCAACAUGUUGUACCACUACAACCCCUGGACUGACACCGCCGAGGGAGCGUGUUCGUCCUUCUCCCUGUUCCGCGCCCAUGGCGCGACUUUCUUCAUGCAGCGUUUCACCGGCAUGACUGGCGUCGUCGCGGACUUCCUCGCUACCCGCGUCUUCCGUAUGCGCCCCUACAUUUCGAACCCCCUUACUGCUGGCGAGUUUGGUACCUGGAUUAAGGAUCUCCCAUCACUCCUGUCCUCCAAUCCACCAUCACCUCUCAUGAGCCCUGCUGUGUUCAGAGGCCACACUCGCACCAUCUCCACAAGCAGUGCCGCGCAUACUGUUGGUCACAUCAUCAACUCUUGCCCUCCAUCAAGCAGACCCAGCUCCCGCACUGGCAUGCGGACGCCGAUCAUUGGUCAGCGAUCGUUGUCGCGUGCCCCAAGUAUGGGACCUGGCUCUAUGGGACCAGUUCUCCGCGAGGAGCCCGAGCUCGAGGCACCCGAUGAGAACGAUGGUGAGGCGGAUGGUGAGGGCGACGAUGGGCGGAGUCGGUCGACGAAGAAGCGUGGCAAGCGUGGUGCUCGGAAUAAGUCCAAGGCGUCGACUGUUCUUUCGCCUACUUCUCCCACGUUCUCCACUGUCAACGGCGGCGUUGACCACACUCUUGAGACGCUCGCCUCCGCAUCGCAGACUCUCGCCCGUGAGAUUAGCCGCCAAAGUCGCCCUAGCGCACCAGCCUCCCGCUCAUCAAGUAUCGUGAGGCCCAUCCCUAUCUCUGCAGUGUCGGAACCGCCACCUCCCGUUCCUGUUUCCGUCCCUGUUCAGACCCAUGCUCCCGAACCCGUCAAGAAGCCGUCCAAGUGGAAACUUGGCUUUGGCUCCAAAGGCUCGAACUCUCACGAGGAGCAUGCUCCUCCCUCCCCUACCUCUGGGAUGUCGAGCAACGUCGCGACCCUGCUCAUGGGGCUCGAACCGGCUCCCGCUCAACAUUCCCACCACUCUUCCUCCCGCUCUCAACAUUCCGCUUCCUCCGAUGGCGGCCGGUCAACUGGCCGCGAAUGGCGCGCACAGAAUGCUUCGCAAGAAGAUCUUGCGCAUCGCGGGCGCAAGCAACAUGCGCCCCGCCCCAAUGGCGCAGGCGCAAACUGGAGCAAAGAGGGUAACGGCGCGCUCGGCUUUGCGGGCUCUCCCGACAGCAGCAGCAGGCGCUCGCCGGAGCGUCCUCUUCAUCCGCAUCCUCAACCGACCCCGGCGCAGAAAGCAACCUGGCGAUCCUCUCAGGCCUCGUCGGCUUCCGUUGCCACCUACUCGACCACGUCAACGUCAUCGUCCGCCUUCACGCGCUACUCGAACUCGAGCAUGCGCUCCGUCAACACGAUGGCUACGGCCACCACGGCAACUUCUGUGAGCAGCGCGGGCUCGUGGCGCCAGAAGCCCGCCGCACCACCCCCCGUAGGCCCGAACGGGCAGCCCAUCCCCAAGAACGUGAAGAGUGAGUCACGCACUGACCCUCGUCCGAGCUGGCUCGUGCUGACGGAGUCGGCAGUGAUGACCGGCGUCCCGUGGGAGCUGUACGAGCUCCCGCGCCAGCUGCAUCCGAACCCGGAGGGCGCGGUGUUCGGCUCGCCGCCGCAGCCGCGCAAGGUGCGGACGCGCAAGUCGAAUCUGGCGAACGAGAUUUCGGGCAAGGGGACGCUGGACACGAUCAGCGAGCGCCCGGUCCCGGCUGGCUAUGCGCAUGUGAGACGCGACGCGGCGACGAGCACGACAGACCUCAGCGAUGGGGAAGACGACGGUCCGAAGAAGGUGCAGCGGGGCCAGAUCAACGCGCUCGCGAAGAUGCUGUCGGCGCUCCGCCGUUGUUCGGAACCUGUCAUACACAUCGUCGCUGUCGUCAUAUAA